AUAUUUGCUCCCGGGUCAAUGUGAGCGGCACUGUUUGCUGAAAAGUGGCGACGUGGGCCGGGCCAAAGUCAGAAGGAAGGCUGCACCGUGAGGGACACUUCAUCUCCUUGGGAAGCCCCCCGGCAAAGCCCCCAGCUCCGAUCGGCUUCGGCGGCCAGACAGACGGCAGUCAUGGAGGCGCUGGCGAUAAUCGCUCUGGCCAUGAACAUCUGGGCUGGCGCAGGUUUCCCGGUGUACGACUAUGACCCAGCAAUGAUGAGGGAAGCUCUUCGGGCCUCUGUGGAAAAAGUGAACUCCCAGUCUCAAAGCCCAAACCUGUUCCGGGCAUACACGAGCUCAAUCAAAAGAGUGAACUUCAUGAAUGAGAACGAGCUGACCAUGGACAUCGACUUCAAGAUCCGCGAGACCGAGUGCGGGAAGGAGGCCGGAGACCCGCCGAGCGCCUGUGGCUUCCGAAGGGGCCGCUCCGUGCCAACAGCCUCCUGCAGGAGCACGGUGCAGAUCUCCAGGGAGCAGGUGCAGAACGUGUGGGUGCACUGCCACCGCGCCUUCCCCGGCUCCGAUUCUAGUAGCAGCGAAGAGAUUUUUGGGAGCCGGCUGGGAUCGUACAACUGGAGAAGCCACCACGUGAGAGAUAUGUACAGUGAUGAGUCCAGCAGUGAGCCCCUCUAUCAGAGGUCUCUGGGUAUCAGGGACGUGUAUAUAGUUCCUCCUCGAAACAGAAGACGCCAGGAUUAUCGGAAUCAGUUAAAUGACCAUAACGAGAGAUGGGGGAAGAAGCCGCCUACUCCAACCACUAUUUCUUCUACCGGUCCCUACCCUGCCAUCACCUCCAGGGAUGUAACCCCCCGUUGAGCAAGACCAGUGAGUGAAAUGGCGGCAGCGGGACGGGGUGCCAAGGAGCGGAGGCGGUACAAGGCCCGCCCCCGAAGUUCUGGCUUGCUGGGUUCUGGGGUUCUGUCACCUCCCUUCCACAAUAAAGGCUUCCUCCCCCAUUCUU